CCGACCGCACCGGUCGCAGACACGAGAGAGCGAGAUCUCGGGGUGAACGGGAAGAACCAGCGUCGCCGGCAAGACCUACGCGCCGGCGUGCUUGUCAAGACUGUUCGCGCUCGUGCUAGCUGCAGAGGAUGCGUACCACCGCUGCCUUCACCGAAGCUCGUCUCGACACCUCGGCAAACGGCGUCGUAGUCCAUUGCAAGCCUUUACCUGAAUGACGCCGAACCUCUGGGAUUUGAACCUCGUCCACGGAGGAGGUCUAUCAGCUCUUACCACGGCUCAUUAGUUGGUUCCAGACCACCGUGUAAAACCUCACAAGACUGUGUCUGCUGCCUACGUACGAGCUCGUCACAAUACCUCGACAAACAGCGCCGUAGUUCGUUGAGAGCCCUUUUAUUUUGCAUGACGCCGAAAGUUUAAGGAUUCCAACCUUGACCAAGGGGGCUCAUCGGCUUCAUCUAUCACAGCUCCUGGGCUGGUACCGGACCACUGAGCAUAACCUCCUACGUCUGCUCCAGGAGCGGAUGAGUCCUACACGGCGCUUCCCUUCGGCAAAAUCCGUUACCACUGUGUGCUCUUACUCCGUUGACCAUCUGUUGCGGCUUGCGUCUGAUAAUUUACUCGUUCCGAGAAACGUCGACUUACCUGUGCCGACUCUUGGUGUUUCCGCUAUAACGCGUCGUUGGUGGGUUUCAUCGAGAUUUCAAUUACUGAACCAUAAACGUUCAUGAUUGUGAAGUGGGCCGUUGAGGUGUUGAAAAACUGUGCGCACGGUGAUUUGUUUUCAAGUUGACCAGAAACAAAAAGCACUAUUCUCGUUGUUACACGUGUCCACGUGCAUCGUGACAAUCGUUUCUUUCUUACUUUCGUCGGUGUGUUCUGGAACAACGCUGACGUACCGCUUGCGGACAGUCAAGCGUUAACCAGUCAGCUGUUAACCAGACCCUCGUGUAUUACGUUGCCUCGCUGCCGCCUACAGAACAUCGCCUAAACCUGCUACAUUGGAAACCCACGUUACCGAGGACACAGGCAUUGGUUCUUGUACCGAAGUUGCAGUGAAGCGAGCCGGUUGUGUUUUUGUGAUUGUGUUCGCGUACCCUUUACCAUCUGUGCCGUCCAUCUCUGCCACUUUCGCCUGCGGUCCACCUCGGUCGCUGGGAGCACCUGUCGUUUUGCCGGCGUACGCCACUUUCGUCUGAGCCCGUCUUCCAUCUGCACCUCCCAUACUGAAAGCCCCACCCCCGUUCGACGCAGACGCUUGGAUUGUUUUCUGGUGCCGUGGGAACCCAAGCUCUUCUCUUUCUUCUCAUUACUUUGCUUCAGCGUCAGCCAAGGACCCGAUCAAUCAGUGGAAACACCGAAACGUCAUUCCCUCCAGAGCUCUGAGCCGUAACCGUGCGACUGGCACCAGAAGUCAGCGAGCGUAGUGACCGCCGCCACAUCAACCCCGAUAUCUGGAGCGAUUGCCGUAUACUCCGCGAGGCUGUAGCGGGCGCCCCUGAACCGAGACCGCAGCCCGAGGGAAUGCUGUUGCGUCCCGUCGGUCCUCGCCUCCUCUCCAGUGCAGCCACAACCUUACCCACCACCGCCGUCGACCCGCCGUUGUCGCUACGGUCGCCGGCGGCGCCGCCAUGUCUCUGAGCUCGAAGAACACGGACGGCUCGCCGCGUAGCGGCGGCAGCUGGCAGCCGGGUCUGCCUCCGCGGGAGUUUGUGCGCCGGGUGCCGCUGCCGCAGGUGGUGCGCAUCGCGGAGCGCGUCCACUCGCCCUCCAGCCUGGACCUGAGCCAACCGCUGGUGCUGUACGGCGCCUACAGAUGUCGCAAGGUGCACGCGCGCUCCCUGGCGCCCGACGCGCGCAGCUCGGGCCUCAGCACCACGGGACCACCACUCGUCAUACCGGACAGCUACGCCGGGUGGUUCGCCAUAAUCUCGGAGGACGGCCACACGGCCGGCUACUUCAACUGCCUGGAACAGGUGGCCAUGGCGCAGGUGUCCCACUUCCUGGCCAGGGAGCCCCUGCAGGGUUACCGCCUGCUGGGACACAGCCACGAGACCGGGAGGGCCGAGUACAGCCGCACCGUGGUUCUCCCCGGCCAGGUCCUGGGCUUCCUGGGAGUGUACGAGGACGUGAACAUCCGUGCCACGUGCGUGGGCAUGCUGCGCCCUGCGCCGGCCGAGUGCCGCUACGCCAAGUGCUGCCACGCGGCCACGGGUGACGUGGUGUUCGUGCCGCUCGGCUCGCGCGGCAAGUUCUACUCCGUGGCCCGGCGCUCGUCCCGGUCGCCGAACCACGUGUUCCCGCUGGCGCAGCUGCUUCGCUUCGCCCGUGUGCCGCUCACCGUGCGACUCGUGUGCGGACCGCUGAUGCGCACGCCCACCGGCUUCACCGGAAUACUCAGGCUCGAGCACGUACAGGAACAAGAAGUGGUGCUCGCCUGCAGCCUCCAAGAAGGGCGGCCCACUCUGCUCGAAAUCGACAUGGGCUCCACCUUCUCCUUCGUACCGGAGCGUGACUCACGCAAGAUGGGCAAGUCAAGCCAGCUGUACAACCGCAUGCUACGUCACUGCCUCGAGGAAGCCGACAGGUGGCGCAGCGAGAUCAAAGUCGCGCAUCACGUGGUGCCAAAACACCAGCUACAAGUGCCCGGCGGCCGCUCAGUGGUCCUCAAGAAGUCCACGUCUUCGGCGAGCAAGAAGUCGGCCUGCUCGUUCGUUGACCUUCCACCGUCUUCGGGCGUCCCCACGCUCAAGUCGCAAAUGUCCACAUCAUCUAAGAAGUCAUCCACAUCCUCGACUUCCAGCAACCCGUUCAAGAAGCUCUGGUCGCUGCACAGGUCGGCAUCCGCGAAGAAGGCCAGCGGGCCGCCAAAGUACGCUUCCUGCGAUGGGUCUGAGACGGCCGACGAGUUCGAGAAGCUCGGAGUCUUCCGGACCGUGGGACCGAACGCGUCGACCAGGCUGUUCGCGUCCACGACGGACCACAUCUACGAGUCCAUCCCGAGACCUCGAGCAACCAGGACGCCACGAUACCUGAUGGCUAGGGACGUACUUCCCUUCAAGGCCUCCAAGGACUUCGAGCCAGCGGGCGACGACGGCUACGGCACGUCGCACAUGGACAGUGACUCCGUCUACGACUCCAUUUCAUAGCGUCCCUCCACUGUUUGCGACAACGCGCCAGUUUGCUCUUUACUUCUUGGUGCUUGCUUGCCUGGACGACCCGUGACAGCCAGUGUGACUGUACGAAAGAGCUUUUCUGACCAUAGACCUAGGACAGGCGCUUUGGAGUCGCGAGUGUCCGUGAAAAUCAAGCACAAGGGAUGUACACAACUGCAUUCAGUACUUUACGCUUCCUUGGCUGUGGAGUUAAAUAAGACGUCCGUGCGUGGACGGGCUGGUACAACUCGCAGCUUCUUAGCUCAGUUUCUACAUCGUCAAAGAAGUGUCAAACGACAGACGGUGGACCAACAUGUGUGAGCUCUUUGAACGUUACACAAGGUUUUCGCUGCUUGAAAAGAUGAGGCAGUUUGGAUGGAGUUGUGGCUGGUAUGUUAUAGCAUGCCACAUGGACAAUGUGCGAAUAGCAGCGAAAGCUGUCCCAUGUUGGUGUGUGCACAGAAAACUUCCAAGAGCCAGUGAGACUGGCUGUAAGGGGACUUAGUGAUGUGUCGGAAAAUCUGCAGUUCGGAAGCAGUAGGUUUUUGUUACUCUCAGAGCUCAUUCAAGCAUUGAGAUAGAGGCUUAUAAAGUUACUAAGAUAGCUCACACAAGGAUGUGUGCAUUGUGACAUUCGGGACCACACCUUUGCGUCAAUAAUAAGAGCACAUUCGUGCAGUUGUAAACUUGUCAUGGCAAACUUCGCAAGGCCAGAUAUGCCACCAACCAGCAACAUCCUAAUCCUGUUAUGGAGACCCGCACGAUUAUAAUGUUGUGUAUGCAACUGCAAAGUGAUGCCUUAGUACGUAGACCCGAAGAUUGCAAAAGGUCUCACUAUUUCAAGUCAAGUCUUGUUCUAUAGCGAAGGUUUCUUUAACAGCUCAAAAAUCAUAUGUGAGAUACUGAUAUUUCAUAGUACUUCAACAUUUUUGCUCGCUACUUUCCGAUGUUUCGAAAGGACUCUGCCUAUUUGUAGAGUGGAUGAACUAGUGUUCAACAUGCUCAAUCAAGCUUAACCAACACACAAAAAAAAGGCGUCAGAAAUAAACACAGUCCCAGCUUUUGUUCCUG